GCCAUUUUUCCUUAGUCAAGUCAAAAUUUUCAUCCCAAUAAUCACUCAUGUUUUUGUAUAAAAAAUGAACCAAGGGUUGCAAUAUAAUGCCUUCUUCAGUAGCAAGUCUUCAUCAAUCCGCCAGAUCAGCCACAGUGCAAGUUACGACUGACCCACAAAAAGAAAAAAAAUUAAGUGUCUUAGAAUCACAUGGUUACUUUCUAGGUAAAACUAUAGGUACUGGAUCUUAUGCAACAGUCAGACUAGCAGAAUCUGAAAGACAUGACGGACUAGUGGCUAUUAAAAUCGUGAGCAAGUUUUCUGCACCUGCUGAUUAUCUUAAAAAGUUUCUGCCGAGGGAAAUUGAAGUUGUAAAAGGUUUGAGACAUCCAAAUUUGAUAAGGUUUCUACAAGCAAUCGAAACGACACACAGAGUCUAUAUUGUUAUGGAAUAUGCUGAAAACGGGAGUCUUUUAGAUAUCAUAAGAAAAGAUGGUCAUAUAGAUGAAACUAGAGCGCGGAAGUGGUUCAGACAGCUAGUAGAUGCGGUUGAGUAUUGUCACGAUAGAGGAGUGGUUCACAGGGAUAUUAAAUGUGAGAACAUGCUGAUGAACGCAGAAUGGAACCUAAAAAUGUCAGAUUUUGGUUUUGCGAGGGGAAAUCUUAAAGAUAAAAGCGGCCAGAAUAUCUUGAGCGAAACGUUUUGUGGAAGCUAUGCUUACGCCUCUCCUGAGAUCCUCAAAGGUAUUCCGUACCAACCGCAACACGCUGAUGUUUGGUCAAUGGGUGUGGUACUCUUUGCUAUGGUUUUUGGACGGUUACCCUUUGAUGACAGUAACUACAAAGAAUUAAUAAAACAGGUAUCAAAUAAAGUCAGUUUUCCUAAGGAGCCCAAGAUUUCAAGUAGUUGUAGAUCAUUAAUCAACAAGAUUUUAGCCCCCCUCAAAUCAAGAAUUCGAAUAAGUGGAAUAAGGAUUGAUCCCUGGUUUGCAUUUGCUCAAUCAGAUUUAACCAGAGCUAGAGCUGACUCAAGCGAUUCAACAAACGACGAACCAAGAGUGUCUAUAGUUAGUAAAGACAUACCGCCGCCUUCAUUAAUUACAAAAACUCAAUUAGAAGCAGCAGCAAAACCAAAAGUAGGUGGUAGAAGAAGUACGUUAGAGGAGACCGAUAUUCUCGUUAAAGACCCGGAUGCACAAAGCCUUUCUCAAUACACAAACACUGUAGAUACAAAGGAUACGAAACCUGAGAAGAAUAAUAAAAAUGGAAAGCAUGGAAAUGAUAAACCCAAAGAUAAAACGAAAUAAUUUGAUAAGGACAAUAGAAAUCUGGUUUUCUUAUAGCACCCUUAGUAAUUUUUUAUGCAAAAUAUAUAUUUUUCAUUAC